AAUGUUUCGGUUGGCCAUCCAAUAAUUUGCAUCAGCAGGCAGGCAGGCAGCAGCAGUACCCAAAUAUCCCGAGCAUGAUUUGAAACGGCGACAAGUACGCGUGUUGUUUUAGCUUAAUAAAACCUCCAUGUGUGCAUGUGUGUGUGUCAUGAGCAACCUUUAUUUACAUUCGACAUGGACGACAAAACGUUGAAACACUUGGUGAAACUCACCCAGGAGGGGCAGCUGUGCUCGCUGGAAAAACACCUGAAGUUAGCCGAGAAGGCAGCAGUUCAGGCGGUCACCAACAAGCACUUCGGCACGUCGGGGGACACUUUGCUGCACUAUGCGAGCCGACACGGACACCUGGACACCGUCAGGUUUUUAAUGGAGGAGGUCGGCAUGGAUCUGGAGGUGCGCAACAACGACUACAAGAGGCCGCUGCACGAAGCCGCGUCCAUGGGACACACCGCCUGUGUGAGCUACCUGGUCCGGGAAGGGGCCACGGUGGACUGCUUGAAAAGGGCCGAUUGGACCCCUCUGAUGAUGGCCUGUACUCGAAGAAACCUGGAGGUGAUUCAGGAGCUGCUGUCCCACGGCGCUAACCCCGCUCUGAAGAACAAGGAUGGCUGGAACGCGUUCCACAUAGCCUGCAGGGAGGGGGAUCCCCUGAUUGUCCAGCAUCUCCUCAACGUGGCCCCGGAUGUGUGGAGGACCGAGAGCAAGAUCCGGCGGACACCGCUGCACACCGCAGCGAUGCAUGGCUGUGAAGAGGUUGUUAGACUCUUACUACAGAGAUGUGGCUACGUGCCAGACAGCCCAGACAGCUGUGGGGUGACUCCCUUCAUGGACGCUGUGAGGAACGGACACGUCUCGGUGGCCAGGCUGCUCCUGCAGAUGCACCAGGCCUCUCCUACUGCAGCUGACACCAUCGGGGCUCAGUCAGUGCACCAAGUUGCAGUUACUGGCCAGGAGGAGGCGCUGCGGUUCCUGGUGCAGGAGCUAGAGGUGGAUGUGAACCAGAGGACGGCUGACACCCAGCUUACUGCUCUGCAUUACGCUGCCAAGGAAGGCCACACAUCGACUAUAAAAACACUCCUGACGUUGGGAGCAGAUCUUCACGCUCGGGACAAAAAGGGACGAACCGCUCUUCACAUGGCAUGCAUGGGGCAGCAUGCAGAUGCCGCCUGGACUCUUCUGCAGCUGGGACUCAAGGACACUGAGGAUGCAUCGGGCACCAUGGCACAACAGCUGGCCACGAAACCACACAUGCUGCGAGUGUUUGAGUGUGGCUUACCAGAGACGCCAUAAAGAGCCAAAAACAUCGUAUACAGAUCAUAUGCAUAAAUAUCUAUUUGAACUCUGUAUUUAAUGAAGCCAAAAGAAAGUCAGUAAAUCCUUUCAUGAGUUUGCCAUAUGUUUGCACAUAUUGGGCUGGACUGAUUAUUUUGCAGAAAAACAGUUUCGGCUUUUUUCUUUUGUUUUGAUUGGAUGGGCUGAUGUUCUAAAGGAGUAUAAUAAAUCUUUUACUCCAGAGUA